ACUGAAGUGGUCGAAACGUGUUCAUCUGAAAACCGUCUCUGUCGAUCUUUGACCUUUGUUCACUAGCAGCAUGAGCUACGGAAAGCGAGACGAAGAUACCGGUGAAAUUGGCCUUUUUUACCAUCUUGAUAAGACUACUGUCUUGCAAGAGGCGCGUGUAUUCAACGACUCACCUAUCAAUGCCCGAAAAUGUAGACUACUUCUCACCAAAAUCAUUUACCUGCUGUAUCUUGGGGAGCCUUUCAAUACGAAAGAAGCCACUGAGCUUUUCUUCAACGUCACGAAGCUUUUCCAGUCUAAAGAUACCUCACUUCGACAAAUGAUGUACUUGGUGAUCAAGGAGCUAUCAGAUAUUGCAGAAGAUGUUAUCAUGGUCACUCAAUCAUUGAUGAAGGAUAUCCAAGCCAAGCAAGAGACUAGUUAUCGCGCUAACGCCAUCAGAGCUCUAUGCCAAAUUACUGAUCCCUCUAUGAUUCAGGGUAUAGAACGUAUCUUAAAGGCUGCUAUUGUUGACAAAACUCCAUCUGUCUCUUCAGCGGCCUUGGUGUCCUCUUACCAUCUUUUUGCUGUCGCAAAGGAUGUUGUUCGACGAUGGGCUAAUGAAGUUCAAGAAGCUGUCCAUGUCAAGUCAUCUUCUGGUGGUCUUUCCUCCAUGUCCAACUACAUGACAUCCCUAGGUGGAGCUCAAAAUCAAACACAAGUUGUGAUCUCAACUAGCAACAUUACCCAAUACCAUGCUCUUGGCCUCUUGUAUCUGAUCCGCCAGCACGAUCGCAUGGCUAUCACAAAAUUGAUUCAGUCAUUUGCUGGUAACAAAAGUAGUGGUUUGUUGGGCGGCGGUGGUAAUAGUAUCUUGAAGAACUCUCCUGCUGUAUGCUUGCUUAUCAGAUAUGCUUGUAAGGUUAUGGAAGAAGACCCAAGCACUACAAGACGCAUGUAUGAGUUGCUUGAAGCUUUCCUUCGACAUAAGAGCGAUAUGGUCAACUAUGAAGCCGCUCGUGCCAUUUGCGAAAUGAACGACGUUUCUGCUAAGGAAUUGUAUCCUGCCAUUUCAGUUCUCCAACUCUUCCUAUCAUCACCAAAGCCUACUUUGCGAUUUGCAGCUAUUCGUACUUUGAACAAACUUGCAAUGUCAAAGCCCAACGCUGUCUCCCCUUGCAACUUGGAUAUGGAGAAUUUGAUUACUGAUCAGAACCGCAGCAUUGCAACCUUCGCUAUCACAACCCUACUCAAGACCGGCAACGAGGCUUCUGUUGAUCGAUUGAUGAAGCAAAUUUCUGGCUUCAUGAGCGAAAUUACUGAUGAGUUCAAGGUCAUCGUUGUUGAGGCCAUUCGUUCAUUAUGCCUCAAGUUCCCUGCUAAGCAAGGAGUUAUGCUGACAUUCUUGAGUGGUAUCCUUCGUGACGAAGGUGGUUACGACUUCAAGCGAGCAGUCGUUGAAGCAAUCUUUGAUCUUGUCAAGUACAUCACAGACAGCAGAGAUACAGCUCUGGCCCAUUUGUGUGAAUUCAUUGAGGACUGCGAGUUUACCAAACUUUCAGUGCGCAUUUUGCAUGUUCUUGGUGUGGAAGGUCCUAAGACCGCAACUCCUACCAAAUUCAUUCGAUACAUCUACAACAGAGUCAUUUUGGAGAACUCUAUUGUUCGUGCUGCGGCCGUUAGUGCUCUGGCCAAAUUCGGUGUCAAUGUAGAGGAUACCUCAGUCAAGAAGAGCGUCCGUAUUUUGCUUACUAGAUGCUUAGAUGAUGUGGAUGAUGAGGUUCGCGAUAGAGCAACGUUAUACUUGAGUCUUAUGGAUAACGAUGAUUGCGCAAAGCGUUACAUCAAGGAUGACUCUACCUAUGCAUUCCCUACUCUAGAACGUCAACUCGUUGAAUACAUCAACAACACCAACGCAAGUGUGCAACCCUUCGACAUUCACAAUGUACCAAAGAUCUCAAAGGCACAAGAAGAAGAAGAACGACGCCGUGCACGAACCCAGGAAAUCUCUUCCAUGCCAUCUUUGGCAGUUCCUUCACAACAACACCCCAGAACACCAGGCACUCCUGCCACUCCAGAUUCACUUGGUCCAGCUUCACCUGCCAUUGGCUCAAGCUAUGACCAGCAGCAAGUUUAUGCCGAGCAAUUGGCUGCUAUUCCCGAAUUUGCCAGCUUUGGACCACUUUUCAAAAGCUCUGGCAAACCCAUUGAACUUACUGAAAGUGAAACUGAGUAUGUCGUCCAUUGCAUUAAGCAUACAUACAAUGAACACAUUGUCUUCCAGUUCAACUGCACAAAUACACUCAAUGACCAACUGUUGGAGGAUGUUGUGAUGAUGAUGCAGCCAGAUAUUGAUGAUUGUGGCUUGGAACAAGUCGCCAGCAUCUCUUCAGCAAAGCUGGAAUAUAACGUUACCGGAGUGCUUUAUCUAGCUUUCCAGAAAUUGGCUGCUGAUUUCCCCAUUGCCACUUUUACCAAUACUCUUAAGUUUGUGGUUAAGGAUUGCGACCCAACCACUGGUGAACCCGAUGAAGAGGGCUAUGAAGAUGAAUACCAAGUUGAAGACAUCGAUGUUCUGACCGGUGACUACAUCCAGCCCACUUAUAUUUCCAACUUUGCUGAAGUAUGGGAGCAGCUCGCCGAGACCGAAGCUUUGGAAACAUUCGCUUUGGAAAAGGACAAGGCCCCAAGUUUGAAAGCUGCAUGUAACUCCAUCAUUGACCUGCUUGGCAUGCAAGCAUUAGAAGACUCUGCAUUGCCAAAGUCCAACACUGUACAUACAUUGAUUCUGUCCGGCAUGUUUAUUGGUGGAAUCAAGGUAUUAGCAAGAAGCAGGAUGACAUUUAGCCCGGCCACUGGUGUGGCAUUUGAGCUUGCCGUACGAAGUGAAGACGAAAAUGUUUCUCAGAUAGUAUUGGGAGCUAUUGCUUAAGAACAACGAUACAGCCCAUUAUAAUGAUCCAUCCCCAACCCACCCAUUUCUUAAAGAAUAAUAAAAAAGAGAAAAGAUUGUGUUUUUUUAAAACUGCACGCAU